AUGGCGCUGCCACUCGGUAUCUUCCUCGGCGGCUGCGUCGUCGCCAUUCCGGUCGUGACGGGCGUUGCGCAAGGCGUCGAGCACCAGAAGAAACAAAACGAAGAAGCCGCCAACGAGUCGCGAAUGUGGAAGUUCAAUUGCCUAGUCUCCUGCGACGAUCCCGACGAAAUCGCCCAAGACGAGGUAAACAAGGGCAUACUCGUUGUAAGACAUGAGAAAGUCUGGGUUGUGCCUAGGGAUACCGAGAACAAGCCUAUACCGCCAGGAGAGGCUUUUGACAUGAAGGGAGUCCAGCUGAGCCCGGAGCUGGGGCCGCUCCAUGCCUUUGCAGGCUUUUAUAUACAAUAUCCAGACGAGAACCGCAGUCCGCCGGAACGAGGCCUAGUAUCCACGAUUAGUGACGAUCCGCCCAUGUUGAACUGGAUAUACUGUGAUCGCGAGACAUAUGAGCUGCGCCACUCAAACCGCACCGGCAGCAUUGAACACCACGUCGGUGUUUGGGACUGGAGCGAAGACGAAACACGCCUCAUCUUCGACAGCUGGGAAGGCUUUGUCGUAAUCGACGAGUGGGACGGCGCUGACUCGGACCCCUCCACGCCCUGGGGUAGAGAAGGGCUUCGAUGGGCCGUCUACUUUGACCGCGACGACAACGGCCUCAAAGGUCGCCGAAAAGGGCGAGACAUGUUCGAGAUCACGUUGACAAGGAGGAUCCAGAGUGCCGAAGAGCAAUUGAAGCAAAAUGAAGCGGCGGAGAAGAAGAUGCAAGUCAAGAGUAGGGGAGGACUUAGUACGCAGUUCUCUGCGCCACAAAAGGAGAGGAGUAAGGACUGGGAGAAGAAAUACGGCGAAGAGGCGAGGUUGGCGCUGGAGAAGAAGUUGGCUAAGGAGAAGGAGGAGGGACAAGGUCCGGCGUGGUGA